AUGCCCUACUUCUCCCUCAAGCACAACGGCGACACCUUCGGCCCGCCAUUACCGUCCUCGAGCAGCGCGGAGAAGACGAUCGUGUCCACCACUCCUGUCAACGUCUCUCAUCCCACAGACCUCCCGCCCCCGGUCCUCCAGGGCCCCCCUUCACCUGGACGCAGAGGCAGGUCAAAAAAGAAAGCGCGCAUCGACCACGGUAUCAAGGCUCACUGGGAUCGCUUCCGGCGCAGGCUCGGCACCGGCACCGCGCCGUCUACCUCUACCGCCCUCGAGCUGGACGAGAGCGGCGACGGGAGCAGCUAUCCUCCCUUCCGCCCCGACCCCUUGGCUGAGCCUGAGGCGGAAGAUGAAGACGAGGUUGUGGACGAGGUCGUCGUCGACCGCGAAUGGUCCGACGAGAUUAAGAGCUCCUCCGUCACUCACUCAGAGCACGGCGGCAUCCCAGACAAGUCCGGCGGGAGCAAUCUUCUCGGUACGUGCACCGACAGGGAGAGCUUUGCGGUACACCCGACGGGUUUCUGGGCGCUCUGUAGCCCGCUCGUCCUCCUCCGAUGGCGCGCCUGGCCUAUUCUCAUGUCGUUCUUCUGCACGCGCUUCCUUGAUGAGAAGUCUGAGAUGCACUACAAGAAGGAAAAUUGGUUUCUCCGCAAGAACCUGGCACUAUGGUCGUCUGCCUUCCUCAUCGUCAAUUGGGCCCUUGGUAUAGGGUUUAUCGCUAAACCGAUCGUACUUGCGGACCAGAUCUUUUAUUAUGGGGUCGCCCCAGCUCUCACCUUCCCCAUCUUACCGAUGGUCAUGUAUGACCUUCCCCGCGACAAUACCAUCUUCUACCAGAUUUUCCUUGUCUUCUCGACAUGGUCGUGGGCACUAUAUUCGCUGCUGUUCAUGUAUCUGUGUGGUAACUAUAAACAGUCGCUCUCCAUCUUCACCUGCGGAAACAAGGACUUCUUGACGAUGUAUUACUAUGCAUCGGCAUUGCAGACUGUCGGCCUAUUUGGUUUGAAGCUACAUCGCCUUCCGGCGAUGCUCGGCGCACUGACAUUCUUCAUUUUGAGUUGUGUCCUUAUCGUGCCUAUUCACUACACUUUCGUGAGGAACGUGAUCAACUUUGUCGCUUUUCAAGCGUUUCUGCUUUAUAUCCACUUCAUGCGAGAAAGCGCAGAGCGCCGGCUGUACACGCUGCGCGACCAGCUCAAGAUCCAAUUCCGUGCGACGCAAAAAGCGCAGGUCAACGAGCGGAAGGCGUCGGACUCUAAGCGACGUCUGACAUCAUACGUUUUUCACGAGGUCCGCGUGCCGCUGAACACUGCGCUGCUUGCUGUGCAGAAUAUGGAGGCGUCCAUGUCGGUCGCGCAGGCACAGGAGAUCGAGUUCAAGGCGCUCGAGGGUAGUUUGAGCAUGAUGUCAAAAGUGCUCAACGACGUGCUGGAUUUCAACCGGAUGGACAGCGGACGGUUUGAGUCCGUGCUGAAGCCCUAUGCGUUCCACCAGGUCCUGCGCUCGAUGUUCGUCCCUCUACGGCUCGCUACGGACGCGCGCAUGCUUGAGUUUGUCACUGACCUAGACGGGAACAUCGACGCGGCCGCGCGGAAUUCGCUGCAGGAAGCGGUCGGCGAGAACGACGCGGUGCUCCGCGCACGCCUCGCGUCUCUGGAGGAGGAUGGGAUCGUAGUCGGCGACGAGAACCGUCUAAGGCAGAUUAUCACGAAUUUGGCUAGUAAUGCGUGCAAGUUCACACCGAGUGGCGGGAAACUGACGAUCAGGACGAAGCUCAUACUCCCGGGCUAUCCUUUUGGUGAGGACACUGUGCAGACGAGUGAGACCUCGGUGGAGAAGGGCCUGCAGGAUACGAAGGACCCAAGGUCCAGCGACGAUUCUGGGGACUUGACGCAUACGCUUGAUGCUAAGGAGAGCGCUUUGCAUGGUGGGUCCGACCUCUUGUCGGCGAAACGUCUUGUGCAGCACAAUAUGUUCAAUUCGAAGCCCGCUUCACCACUGGAGUGGAUCGUCGUGCGCAUAGAGGUGUCAGAUACGGGCUAUGGGAUCAGGCCGAAGGAUAUGGUGGAGAGCAAGCUGUUCAGCGCGUUCAACCAGACCGAGCAGGGGCGGCUGCAAGGCGGAAAGGGCACAGGCCUAGGCCUUGCACUCGUGCGACAGAUCGUCAAGCUGAGUGGUGGCCGGUUGGGUCUUCGCUCGAAAGUGGGGGAGGGUUCGACAUUCUGGGUGGAGCUACCGCUGGGUGUGGGAUACAAGGCAAUUCCUGCGCUUAUAAUGUCCCCCGGGGAGAGAGACCGUGGGCUGGGCUUCGACAAUAACCGGACGGACUCCGGGAAGACGAUAACGAUGUCGGACUUUCCAGCCCACAAUGCAACAGCGGGCUCUCCCGCGUCACGUUCCUCGUCGGCCUUCCGGACCAUUAUGGAUCAAGGUGGACUCGUGGAGAUGUCUACGCGGCGAGGAGAGUCACCGGUGCUCACAAGAACAAUAGGAGAUCCGUCAACAGGCACACACGCGGACGACUUCACCUUGGGCUCGCCAAUAGAGCCUCCAGAGCUUCCUUCUCCUCCCGCAGAGGGCUCGUCUAAAUCUGUCCGGCUAUUUCUUCCUCAGCUCCCGAAACCACACCAAUUCAAAUCCGACGAGGCGUCUACGUCGCCCGCGACUUCAGCAGGCUCCUCCGUGCCGCACCCAGCAUUAAACGCGGCGUCCCCAAGCGGCGCGCGCGAGGGCCGGAUGCGCGUGCUGGUGGUGGACGACGACCCAUUGACGCGCAAGCUGAUGUCGCGCAUGCUAACGCGGAUCGGGUGCAGGGUCGUGACUGCGGACAACGGCGAGAUGGCGCUCGAGAUGAUAUUGGGCAGCGCGCCGCGCGCAACGCCGUCCUCGGAGGAGACCGGGAGUGCGGCGCUCUCAGUCGAGGGCUCGGCGGUCGGCGAGGACGCCCAGUUCGCUGUCAUCUUCCUCGACAACCAGAUGCCGGUGCUUUCGGGGCUCAAUGCGGUCGCGAAGCUACGAGAAAUGGGCAGGCAUGAUUUUGUCGUCGGCGUCACAGGUAAUGCUCUUUUGACAGAUCAGCGGGAAUACUUGGAAGCCGGCGCUGAUCACGUCCUCACAAAGCCCGUGCUCGAGAAGAGUCUGAAGAGUAUGCUCGUCAUCGCCGACGAGCGACGGAAGCGCAGGUCUUACAGCGCGGAAGAGCAGCCCGACCCUCUAACUCCAGACGUGUCCCGGUCCUCGUAG